AUGGGGGACUGGAACUUAUUAGGAAGCAUUUUAGAAGAGGUCCACAUCCAUUCCACCAUUGUUGGGAAGGUAUGGCUCACCAUCCUCUUCAUUUUCCGGAUGCUCGUGCUCGGUGUUGCAGCUGAGGACGUGUGGGACGACGAGCAGAGUGAGUUUGUUUGCAACACAGAGCAACCUGGCUGCAAGAACGUCUGCUACGACCAGGCUUUCCCCAUCUCCCUGAUCCGCUACUGGGUCCUUCAGAUCAUCUUUGUGUCCUCUCCGUCUCUGGUCUACAUGGGUCAUGCCUUGAACCGUCUGAGGACCCUGGAGAAAGAGAGGCACAGAAAAAAAGCUUGUCUUAAAGCUGAGCUGGAGGGGACAGACCCCAUCCAGGAGGACCAUAAGAGGAUCGAGCGAGAGCUCAGGAAACUGGAUGAACAGAAGAAAGUAAGGAAAGCUCCCCUCAGAGGCUCCUUGUUGCGCACAUAUGUUUUCCAUAUCUUGACUAGAUCUGUGGUGGAGGUGGGUUUUAUCAUAGGUCAGUGUGCUCUGUAUGGCAUUGGGCUUUCUCCUCUGUACAAAUGUGAGAGGUUGCCUUGCCCCAACAGUGUUGAUUGUUUUGUGUCACGACCAACAGAGAAGAACAUUUUCAUGGUCUUCAUGCUGGUUAUUGCUGGAGUUUCUUUAGUCCUCAACCUCCUGGAGAUUUUCCAUCUGGGGGUGAAGAAGAUAAAACAAAGCUUGUACGGAUACAAAUAUGGAGAUGAUGAAAGUGUGUGCAGGUCAAAGAAGAACUCCAUGGCGCAGCAGGUGUGCGUGCUCUCUAACUCCUCACCACAGAGGUUGGUGCAGCUCACACAGUUAACCUGCCCUGGUUUGCCUGAUGCUCUCGGGGAGACUCAGGAGCAUUCCCAUCACAACCCUGCACAGAUGUAUCUGCAAAGCCAAGCUGACAUCCAGGGUCUGCAGCAGCUGGGGGCUAUGGAGCGGCGCUUCACUCUCGAGAGCAGGAAACCCUCAUGUAGCAGCGAUGAGUCGAAUGGACGUCGCGGCUCAGGCCAGCCGCAGUAUGCAGGGCCCCGACCCACAGUGAUGGUUGGCCAAAUGGAUAUCGCCGCAGCCCUAAAGAACGCGCAGAGGAAGCAGAGCAAGGUGAGUGUUUUUAAGGAGCUCAGUGACACGAGUGAUUCUCCGGAGAGCGACCGCUACCCCACAGCCAGGAAGUGCAGUUUUAUGUCCAGAGGAAUGUCGGAGGUCCAGCUGGCCUCUCCAUCUGACAGCGCCGACUCUCAGAGCGGAGCAGACCUCGAGGCCCAGCACCUCAACCAGGGAGAGAGUCCGAUGGUGACCCCACCUCCAUCCAGUGGAAGGAGGAUGUCCAUGAGCAUGAUUCUGGAGCUGUCUUCAAUCAUGAAAAAGUAA